UGGUCUGUUUCCCCACACGUCUGCUGAUAACACCCGGUCUAUGGGGUCUUGGGGCUUUUGUUACACAAUAUUGCUCAGUUAGCACUCGAGUUAUCCUUAAUGCUUUCUCUUAUCAGCUGUGACAACAUAGCCCAAUGAGAGUUUGAUCGACCUCAUCCGAACAGGCUGCAAGCGGAUCUCGUGGUAGCUAUCUGGCGUCACAUCCACACCCGACAAACAGAAGCUACCAUUAGUUAUUAGCUCUCGAGUUGAUUAAGAUUAUUCGUAAUAACGUUACAAUGGGCGAGGAGAUUAACGACAACCUUGCUAAUACAGGCGAUAUACCUGCAAAUAACACCAAUGCCGAGGAAAACGGGCAAACAGUAGAUGGCGGCGCGAAAUAUUACACAUUAGAGGAUAUAAGAGUACAUAACAUGAGCACUGACACAUGGCUCAUCAUCCACGAUAAAGUAUACGACAUCACGAGUUUUCUUGAAGAGCAUCCAGGCGGUGAGGAGGUUUUGUUGGAGCAGGCUGGUGCUGACGCCACAGAGAGCUUUGAGGAUGUGGGUCACUCCACAGAUGCCAGGGAGAUGCUACAGCAGUACUACAUCGGGGAGCUUCACAUGGAUGACAGGAAAAAGGAGGAAACGAAGGUCCACGACACAAAGUCAUCGGAAUCGAGCUCCUGGACCACGUGGUUGAUACCUGCCGUUGUUGCAGCAGUUGUUGGUGUCGUGUAUCGCUUCUACAUGUUGGAACACAAGUCGUCUUGAGUGCUGGCAUCCUGUUUUCAUCUCAUUCUUCUCAUCGGGAGGCCUUGAAAUGUUUGACCAAAUCCUCCUCACACUGAAUGCACACAAUUAGGCGUGUCGGAAACCAUAAGAGGGAGGGAGCAGUUCGAUAAAGUACUUUUGUCCGUGUCCGUCUACACAGAGUGCACCAAAUAGACAGUUGGACAGAGACUUUAUUAAAUUGUCUGCUUCACUUUCUUUAUAUUUCAUUGUCAUUAUGCCUGUUGUCCUUUAACUUAAACUUUCAUAUGCAUUUUAUUGAUUUCUGGAUGUUCAUUACCCAUUUGCCUGUUCAGAAAAUGCUUGAUUUUCAUAAUAUUAAAAAUAUAGACAUUAUAGUUUUUAUACAGGAUUACACCUUCAUCAAUCUCCAGUGCGUUGUUUUAGGUUCAGUAAAGUUGGAAAUAUUACGGCUACCAAACUCUACAUAAGAAUCAUGAGCAUUGCAUUUAUCACAUAGUUACAAACACAUAAUCCUUCCAGUUAUGCAGUAUCGCAAAUCUUAGAGUUUAUUCCUUUUUUUGAAAGUCUUGUUCUGUGUCAGUUAUUUAAGACCGAAUGUGCUCUGACUUUUUUUUUUUUUUUUUCAGCAGUUUUCUUAUCAGGAAUCUGUCUACAUGUUAAAAAUAUCGAUAAAAGUGUGUGGAGUAUGUAAUAAUUCAAUAAAGAUUUAUUAAUAGAUGACACUGAAUGAUUGAGAGGAUGCCCUUUAACUGAUGAGUUUGACAACGUUGCUUACGUGUAAUGUGUCUUAAUUUUUUAUGCAUCAGCUGGUUGGUACUGAUGAACGUCACUGGAGGAUUUUAAUUACAUUCUUUGUGUGUUGUAUAUUGAGGGACAAUUUAAUCGUUUUAAUCAGUUUUACUUACUAAACUUCCUUCCAUAAGUUUGUUGAUUUGGCCCCAUUAAAUAUGUUUUUGUUGCUAUUUCUAAACUUCCGUUUAUUUAAUAUGCAGAAAUGUAAUUUAAUUUGCUAUAUAAAAAAAGACAUUUUCCCAGUGAUGAAGUACACCUGUCAAGUCAUAAAAGUUUCUGAAUAGAACUUGCUGCUAUUUUUCUGCGUGACUACAAUAUUACUUGUCAAAUAUAGUUGGUUGACUUGAAACAUUUGCCAUCAUUGCAUUUCAACUGCCAUUUCUUGUCAUUAAAAGUCUCUUUACAUACA